AUGCCAAAGGUCGACGCCACCCGCAACUACUAUGCGGACCUCCAGGUGACACCGGCCUCGUCCUCAGAGGAGGUCAAGAAGCAGUACAGGAAACUUGCUAUGCAAUGGCACCCUGAUCGAAACCGCGGAAAGGAAGAGGAGGCUUCAAAGAAAUUCCAAAUCAUCCAAGCGGCUUUUGAAAUCCUCACCGAUCCGACCCUGAAGCGUCAAUACGAUGAGGCACGCAACAAGUCCGCGUCCAGAUUUCCCACCUCUUCCGGCGUCAGAGGAAAUCCCUGGGCCAAUGCUGGUGCAGACUUUCCCCCUCCACCGAAGCGAACAGGUGCCAAUACGGCUGGAGCAGGCCCUCAGCCGCGUCCAACUUCAGGCGCAUCAAGAUAUAACAAUUGGGGCCAGACUUCUGGCGCAAACUCCCGCAAGACUUCUCAGAAUACAGAUACCGGUUCAGCAAAGGCUCACUAUGACGCUUGGAAAAACAUGCGACCUAAUGCAAACGCAAGCACCCCACGAAAGCCACCGCCCACGCCGGGCCGCCCGCCCACAUCCUCCACACGUGACAGCAAGACUUCCGACGCAGAAGGAGUUCCCAGAACCGCCUCUCAGAAGCAAAAGGCACAGGCUUCAUUUGGCAACACCGCCAGAAGAACUGGCUUCACGCCGAGAUCGCCAGGUCCGGGAGACGAACCUCCCGUCUCCAAUAACAACUACUUCACCACUAGAACGCGCGCGAACAUCUUUCCGGAUGAACCCGCCAGUACGACAAGCCAGAGCCGCCGAGUGCCUCCCGUACCUGACCCCCUGGCACAAUUCAGAGACAACUUUGUGGACGGGCGUCAUAGCUCCCCAUAUGCUACUCCUGGAGGCGAGAAGACAAGCCUCUUUGGUGACGGCCUGAACAGAGCCCGCAGUACUCGCGAUUCGAGCCGACCCUCCACCAGUCACGACGCAGAUACUUCAUUUCCUUUCCCCCGCCAGAGAAGCUCUAGUACACCACGUAGCUCCAGUAACGAUGGCAGCUCUGAGGAUUCGACCAAAGUCAAUACCGGUGCCAAGGUGAACUCUUCCGCAGACUCUGCCUCUGCUUCGCACAGACCCAGCGACCGAUACAGACCCCAGUCGGCUGAAUCUGCCCAAACAUCAUCGGGAGGUAAGGCGCAGUCAGCAGCUGACAAGAAUCGCACGGAUGGAACAGCAAAUCAGCCUAAUGAUAACUCAACAAAGUAUGCAAUCUCGUCACGCACGGCUUCAGCCACGCAAAAUCGCCCCAGGAUACAUUCGCCCUCUGGAAAGUCUCAGAGAGCUACGACCACACAUCCGAUGACCACUGAAUCGCGCCUUCGAAGCACUUCAAGUGAAGUGAACCAAACCGUUCCAAGACUGUUGCCAUUCGAGCAGUAUCUCAAGAAUCAUGUGGAUCGCCUCAUUCGCAGGAUAGGAGACCCUGCUUCGUAUGGCAUCUCGAAUGAUACGGGUCGCGGUAAAGAGAAGCGCGUCGAGUUCGCAUCAGUUCCCACAUAUCACCUACAAGACAGUACUAACGACUUGAAUAGCUUCGGGUACACGAACGACUCGACGUACACAUCGGCAAAAUUUGAUAGGGCGAGUGCGGAUAAUAUCAGCACACAAUUUGUUGAUGAGCAGCCAGAAGCGUUCUCCUUUACGGCGGGAGGCCCUCCUGCAGAAGACAUCCCUCUGCCUUCAAAGCGUGGCUCGCAGUCCAGUAGCCGCCUAGGACGCCGAUCUCCCAUGAAGAUCAACAGACGACCUGUUCCUGCACCACCAGGCCCUAGUCCAAUGCGACCAGAAACCAGCGCCUCCGACGAAGGUGCUACGGCCAAGUUUUCGGCUGCUGAAUGGGGUGAAAAGAUAGGAUCUGAGCAUUUUGUCCCAAAGCCAAGCACCAGCGCUUCUACAUCUCCAACCAGACGCACAAACUCUAGAAGAGGCUCUAAACCAAUCAAGGUAACGCGGGGCGGAUCAGCAGGUAUCAUCGACGAUGACGACGAGAUACCCACCGCAACAGCUGCUUGGACAGAUGCCCCUAAACCUCCUCCCCGAACCCAAAGCCCUAUGGCUAUGGAUAUCGACGAGCCAUCUGUCGAAAAGGACGGAGAGGCCGGAGACGAGGAUGUGACAGAGGACGGCGCACGAAAGAUUCCAGUGGAGCCAACCCGGCCCGAGUGGAGAGCUGGUAAUGUGGACGUGAAGGGUAAGGAUCAAGAACAGCGCCCUACGCUUUCGACAGAUACAACAAACACUACCGCAGCUCAGUCUAAGUCAGCACCUGCAAGUGCUCAGCCGUUUGUAGCACAGAAUGGCGGAUCUGAAGACUCGGAAGAAUUCCGGGCAAGCUUUGCAGAUUUCAAAAAGGUUGAGCCUUUUACAGACCCUCAACCCACCGGUCUUAAUUCAUUCGCCGACCUCAAGACCACACUGCCAUUUGAGAGCCGAGCAUCGGGCCACGUUCCCUUGAGUAAGCCCCAGGCUGCUCCGGACCUAGACUUUCCGGCUGUGCCAGUCGCUCCACGCUUGCAUCCUACAAUUGCAGUAGGUCUGCGCCCAAGCAAUACUCAGUGGAGAAAAUAUUCCCAGGACUUCUACAACUACAUGGAGAAAUGGGAGACAUUCACCGAGAUAGUCCUCACACACUUUGCCACACGCCAAUUCGAAAUGAAGAAGCGCCGGGAGCAAUUCGGCCGAGCCUGGCUCGAAGGUGUCCAUGGAGAGGACGGUGCGGCCUUGUACCAGAUCGAGCUGCAGCAGGAUCACGAAAUUCGAAAAAAGUGGAUGCGGUACUGUGAUGAACACCAAGCUCGUGUCCAGGAGUUUAUCACAUUCCGGGAUCGUGCGAAGUAG